UCUGCUCCGGCCAGCACGAGAAGCUGCAGCAAGUUCGCUACUUCCGGUCUUCCAGCCGUCCAAUAGUACAAAAGGCCGAGCGACCCCGGAAGUGACGUUAGCUCGGAGCGGCCUCUUUCCGGUUCCGGAGUGGAAGAUCGCGUACGGCAACAUGAAGCUGCUCACCCACAAUCUACUGAGCUCACAUGUGCGGGGGGUGGGGCCUCGUGGCUUCCCCCUGCGCCUCCAGGCCACCGAAGUCCGAAUCAACCCCGUGGAGUUCAACCCCGACUUCGUGGCGCGGAUGAUACCCAAGUUGCACCUGGUGGAGGUCCCCAAAGAGCCGAUCGAGGGCUACGAGAACGACGAGACGUUUCUGAGAAAGAUGCACCACGUGCUGCUGGAGGUGGACGUGCUGGAGGGCACCCUGCAAUGCCCGGAGUCUGGACGUCUGUUCCCCAUCAGCCGCGGGAUCCCCAACAUGCUGCUGAAUGACGAGGAAACCGAGACUUAGCUGCCAGGCACCAGUUUUGCCUUUUGUGACCGUGUGUAUCUUUGUUGAUAUAUAUUUUGCUAGUUCUGCAGUGUGUAGCCCCAGCCCUUGACCCAAUGACACACUGACCAGUGUUUUCGAGCUCCAUAGUAUAUCUUUUUUUUUUUUUUUUUUUUUUCUCAUUAAAGGUUCAAAACCAAAAGCGGUUUCUCUUUGCAGCAAAUAUACAUUAAAAUAGAGUCUCUGUACAGCCAAAGGCUCUGGGCCCUGGCUUGCCCCAUGUCCCUGCGCCUCCCUGGCCAAACCCAAAAAUAAAUAUAGUGUUAUUGCUCUGCA